AUGGAUUGCAGGCUUACGCAUAACCUGCCGCUAGGUCCCGCCAAUCGGGCGUCCCAAUUGCCUCCCCGCGGCUCGAAGCAGCAUAACACCAACGAGCUGAACGUGCCUGUGCCGGCCGUGAAGAGGUCCGUAACACCAGGAGCCUCGAGCCUCGCGGCUGCUCCUCCUGGCCCCGACGUCUCCCGGUCUACGUCUCCACUACAACUUUCGCUCCCUGCUCUUCCGAAGUACCAUCCUGCAGCGGGAUCGCAGCUGUCCUCUCCAGACAAUAGAAGAGCGGAAAGUAGACUCAGCAGCACUUAUUAUACAGCAGCCUGGGGCUCUCCAUAUGCAACACCGAGUCCUAGACGGCUGUCUUCCUCAAUAAGAAGCCGUCGGGGUAUUACAGAUUUUGAUUUGGAGGCUUCCCCUAAUCACUCCAUGCACGCUGGACAGCCAGAACCGUCGUCAAGGAGGAAUAAUUCGCGUGAUAUCAGCGUACCCCCAUCGGAAGCCUCUCAAACCUUUUACGGCUCGCUUGGUAGACGGUUGGAGAGGGAUCGUCUGGUGCGGCAAGGGGGAAAGUCGAUAAAAGACUUCACUCAGGAUUGGAUUAACCAGUAUCUUUCAGGGCAAUUACGCUCUGAGCGGACAAAUUGGUUAAGCGACGAUUCCGGUGACGACGUAGCAUCGUUCCUUACAGCCAAAAAUCACUUUAGCGAAUCUGAAGGUUGGCUUGGUCUUGACGACGAUCCAUUGGAAGACGACCCUCUGAAAACGCCGACAGCGUCUACUUUCUUCAACCGAAAACUUAAAGAGCCCGCGGCAAGGCUUGAUCUUCCGAGAUUGAGAGCUAAGCAUCUCAAAACGAACAGUUCAGACACAUUGAGACAGUCUGACUUUUGGGAUUUCGGAUACGACCAGGACGCCACCCCUGCCGUGAUGCCGAACACCGAGUCCUUAGAGGCUACAGAGCCUGAACUCGAGGUAGCUCGCAAGUCAAGCAUACCUGUCUCACCGGUUGAGAAACCGCUCCCGCCUCCUCCGACAGUGGAUGAAGAGUCCAAAACUGAACCCAUACCUCCCACUAUUACUAGAACUUCGACCCAGAGGGCAAAAAAGCGUGUUCUCUGGAAGAAUAAACCAUGCGUGAUUGCACUUCCCCUUAAUGAUUCCCGUGGUGCAAUUGAAAGCUCAGGCCCACUCCUCACGCCUGCUGAUGUCGAACGACGACUGAAGGAAUGGGAAGAGGCUGGGUAUGAUGUCCGUUCGGUUGGAUAUGAUCUUUCACAGAGUCGUCCAGCAUUCCCUGAUGCUGCCGAAUGUCAUCAAGAGUGGCAACAAAGGAACUAUGCCAUUAGCUUCCCUGAUCAGGCGGAAUGGGACGCUUAUGUCAACUUCUUGAAAGAGGAGAAGCUCAGGGCUCUCGGAGUAUCUCUUGGAGGUGAUGACCUCGCGUCCGCUCCAGUGAGUCAAGCUCCGUCGCAGUUCAUUGGAAACACGGUCUCUCCGCCCAUUCCAACUUCGUCUGCGGCUAGUAACCACCUAAAUAUGUCGGGAAACCCACUCGCAGCAAUUUUGGGUCAAACAACAAAGCCAAAUGCCGGUCUCCUUUCUAUGACUUCUCCAUCCUCUCCUUUUGGCUUCUCUGCCAGCUCUCCAUUUUCAAACCCGCCUGUAUCGUUUUCAAGCGAGCCUGGGUAUUCUUUUAUGCCGUUUCAGACGCCAGCAACGACAACCCAAGGCACUCUCACGCCUCAAAAUCUUUAUGGUAUUCGAACCGGCAUUCUGUCGCCUGUUGGCGCUACAAGCAUACCAAACCUGGGUUCAUUGCUGCAGCCAGUAUCCCCGCUUACAGCUGAUGAGUCAAAACAAUACCCAGCGGGGUUUAAUGCUCACCCUUCAUUAAAUCAUACGUUCGUCGGUCAGUCACAAACGCCACAACUUGGAGAUGCCAGUAACAUUAUUUCUCCUCCUUUGGACAAUCCUGGCCUCGAAGUUGAGGCAGAUUCGGACACAAUACAAUCUUCUUCUGGCCCUGAAAUUGCUCACCCAACUCCACGAGGGCACAACCAUAACCUAAGCGAAACGCUUCAAAGGGGUGUCGAGCGUGGUGAUUUCCGGCUUGGGAACUCGGUCACAAAAGAACUUGAAGACGACCAGGGAACUCAAUCUCGCAAUGAUCUGAUGAAAUCGCGGUGGGACAUGCCCGAUGAAUCUGCUCAACAUCCCUUUGCUCAGGCAGCCCAGACUAGUCAGCAGCAUCAUUUGCUACAGCAACAAUUAUUUGGCGAGCAGCCUCAUGGAGAAGGCCAGCUUGAUGGGUCUGAGAUUGAUACGAAUCCAAGCUUGUUAGGCACUCCUACCCAUGAAAACAUGCAACAUCACGGAUUUAACCCAAUUAGCCAUCAAGAAAGCAGUGCAAAUACUUUCAUCCCACGUCAUCAAUCGAAGCCCUCCCUCUCCAAUCUCAAUAUUGCUGCUAAAGCUUUCGAACCGACGGCAACUUUCUCUCCAACUAAUUAUUCAUUCAUGACUAACACCUUCCCGCCUGGAGUCAGUAACGCUGGCACUAUUUUCAGCCCUGGCCUUUCACAGCACAGUGCGAAUUCGCAUUCAAGUAGCUUCAAUGUGAACGCUCCGACUUUCGAGGCACAUUCAAACCGAAACUCGCUUUCCAAUUUCAAGCUCUCUUCCGCCUCUUUCAACGUUGAGGCUCCUGUUUUCAACCCUGGUCAAGGUGCACGCGUCGACGUCCCUCAAAAUACGUCCGCUGAAGGUAAAAGCAAAAUAUAUGGUGGUUUCAAUCCAUCCGUCAUUGUGCCACCAGCCAAAAGGUCGAAGGCGAUCCCAAUUGUACGACCAGAAGAACAAAAGGAAGAAAUGCGGGAUACUGAUAUGAUCGAAGAUGAAAGCGGAGAUCAUGAUGUGCAAGGCCGUGAGAAACGCAAGCGGAGAUCAAAGGAUGACGGUGGUGACGAGACAUCAUUGCCCAUCCUCGCAGAUAUUGCAGUAGAUUCCAAACCGAUUCUUCCGGUUGUCGGAAGCCCCGCCAACGUUGACGUCUCUGAAAAGAGGGAUGAUGCUGAGAACGAAACCGAUAAAAGAUCGAAUGUCGUGGCAGCUGAGGAUGAAUUUGAAGCGGAAACAGACAGAUCCACAAGCACGCCUAUAAGUGAAUCUACCACUUGGAAACCGUUUGAAUUCAAGAACGAAGAAGAUGCAGCUGCUUUCCAUGCAGCCCUUCCUAUUACUUCCGUUCCAUUUAGUUCCAAGAAAAGCGAGACACUCUCGGAAGCUUCUCCAACGCCAGAUAAGAAAGGUACGAUGCGGCCUAUCUCUAAUUCGAAUAAGGAGCUUCCUCUUCUUCCUCAAGAAAACAUUGAAGAUAGCCAACAAAAGGUAUCUGAUUUGAAACCAACGCCAGAAUCAUUGGAAUUCAAACCCUCUGCUCCGUUCUCAGUGCCGGGUCCAGUUGAACUUCCGGCGGAAAGGCCUGAAAAACUGGUUGGCUUAGAAGGCUCCAAGUACGCUGUGCGUAGUCCGGCAGUCUCCGACGCUGAACAAGCUUCUCCCACGACAGAUCUCUCUCAGGGCCAAUCUAGUGCGGAAGCCGAGCGGUUAGACGAUAAUCUCGAACACGACUCGCCCAACGAGCAAGAAAUCGAUGCGGUUAUGCGUCAAUUGAACGAGGAUGACCAAGAUCUUGGUAUCGAGAGAAUGGAGCCAUCGCUCCCUGAGCAUAUUGCUAUCAAGGACAAGAAUGUGCCGGAAAAUCAAUAUGGUACUCCUGAACUUGCUGCAUCAAUAUUAAGUCACAGCAAUGCCCCUAGCCCAAGCCCUCGCAAUAUGUCUUUGACGCGAGGAAGUUUGCCCAAGCUAAACACAGGCAUUAUCACGCCCUCGCAUGCUCUCUUUACCCCUCAACGAAGUUCCAACCUUGGCUCUCAAUCUCCAAUCCGCCACUUGAAUAAUCCCGAUAUCGAUCAUAUUAGUGAUUGGGAUGAUGCUAUUUCGUCUGGCCAAGAAGAAGAGCUGCAAUAUAGAGCACGUUUCUUCGACACUCAUGUUGAUGAGGUUAUCGGUAGUGUAUUGGACGAUCGUCUUCUUCCUCUAGAAAGGACCUUGGAUACGAUUGAAAACUCGAUCGCUUUGCUUGCGUCACAAACGGCGACGCGAAGAAGCACGUCCGCUGAUGUUGAACAUAGCGAUGCAGAUGACGAAGAUGAAGAUGAAGAUGAAGAAGCCGCUAGACACAGGUCACGAUCGCCCCUUAAUAGGCAGAAUCGACUUAUUGAGAAGAUUAGGCAAGUCGUUUCGGAAAGUGUGACUACCAACCAGACUCCAAAAGAACCUGCGCCGCUGGUUGAUCUAUCCGAGAUUCAUAGCUCCCUUGCGGAAUUGAAGACUCUAACAACGCAAUUUGCUCCGAAGGAAAUUCCUUCCGUCGAUCUUUCCGAGGUUCAUGCAUCACUUUCGGUCUUGAAAACUUUGGUCACCACUAAAUCGGAACAGGACGAAGCGAGCAAUUUAAAAACCGAAAUCAUUGAUUCCAUUGUCAAUCAUCCUAAGCUUGCUGAAAUGAUGCGUAGUUCAAAUGAGGAAAAGGAUGCGGAGAAACUUCAGAUGCAGCUUGAGGGUCUGCAAAGUAUGUUGCGCCUCGCAGACGAUCGAGCGGAAGAAGAGUACAAGAACCGAAGGAGGAUCCAAGACUCCUUGGCGGAAUCGCAGAGACUCCUGAAGGCCGCUGAGGAUGAUGCUGUGCGACACAGGGAUGCUGCUGCCGCUUCCGAAGAGGCGCUACGGACCUUCAAAGAACAGAAGUUGCCUGAGAUGGAACGGCUAGAGAAACAGUCAGCUCUGCUCAACGAAAAUCAAGAAAGCCUACAGCUCACACUUUCUGAACUCUCGCAGAAGAACAUCACACUCCAAGGAACACUUGACGAGUAUAGAGAAACCGGUGAUCAUUUACGCUCUCAGCUUGAUGAAGUGGAAGGAGAGAAUAAGGAACUUCGUCGGACAAUUAGUGUUUUGAAAACCCAGAUGGAGGAUAGCCUCCGUGCUCGCCAAAGUCUUCGAGGAAAAUUUGAGAAACUUCAAGAAGACAUGGUUACUGCUGCCCGGGAUAUAGCUCAAGAGCAAUCAUCGUGGAGAACAAAGGAGGAACAACAAGAGAUCAUGUAUAACGUACUGAAAGCACAGUAUGAUGACGAAGUGAAACGCCGGAAGAAACUGGAGCUCCAUAUCGAUGAUUUGGAGCAGAAGGAAAAAGAAGCCACGAAAUUGAGAUUCAUCCUUGGGCAGUCUCAGGAAGAAAAUGCGAAGUUGGAGGAGCUGUUGAUGAUGGUGCGACAAGAAAGCCAUGACUAUCAGAAUAAGGCAGCCAAAUACGAACGCGAAUUCAAUGAGGCUCGUGAAAUAAGUCGUAUUGAAAUCCAGAGAGUAAGGACAUCAAUGGAAGCUGACCUUGAGAACGCGAAUCAUCAGGUCAAUUUUGUUCGUGCGGAGCUCGAGAGUCAGAUCAAUAAUCUUGAAAAUCAAUUGGAGACCGCGAACAUGGAUGCGGAUACGUCUAAAGCGAGAUUCGAACUUCUAUUAGAAGAAGCGAGAGAUGCAAAAAUGGCGGCCCUCCACGAAGCUGCUGAAUCGAAGGAAAUAGCGCUUCAGGAGCAGCGCCUUGCACAUGAGCGAACACUGAAUGACCUUCGAGAGCGACAUGCCCGUGUUUUACACAAUGGAUCUGAAGACCGGCAGCGCGAGGAAUCUCAUUAUAUGGAGUUGAUUGCACUUCGGGAUGAGCGGAUCGAUCACGUCCAUGAUAAGGUCGCUCACUUGGAAGAAAAGCUCGAAAUCGCCAAGACAGCAGCGCGCACCGCUGCUCAAGCCGCACAGAACGCCAAGGCAGCACAAGUCAUGUCACCAACUCAGGUCACUUCGCCGUCGUUGACAUUCACAAAGGGUACUAAUGUUCCCGAAAAGAUAUCCCCUCAGGCACUUCGUGAAUCAAUCCUGGUGCUGCAGGAUCAGUUGCAACAGCGAGAAGGGUGCAUCGAAGAGCUUGAGCAUGAGCUUUCGCUUAUUGAUAAAGAUGCACCGCUGAAAGUAAAGGAAAAAGAAACAGAAAUUGCUUGGCUCCGUGAACUGCUCCAUGUUCGUUUGGAUGACUUGCAAGAUAUCAUCAAUGUGCUGUCACAACCAUCGUUUAAUCAGAGUGCCGUACGCGAUGCUGUUAUCCGCUUGAAGGCGAAUCUACAAAUGCAGCAGCAGGAGAAAGAGAGGUCAAUGGCGGGUGGUAGCCCCCAAACAUUCCCUUCGCUCUCUGCAAUCUCGACUUUCGCCGCGUCACCACGUGCUCUGCCGCUUGCGGCUGCGGCUGCGUGGGGAAAUUGGCGAAAGGGGAGGGAGAAUUCUUUGGGGCCCAAUAUGGCCGAUAACGGGUCCAACAGCAAUGACAAUACACCAUCCAAAGCAUCAAGUUCACAAAGCUUCUUGACCGGACUGUUAACGCCGCCUCACUCGAACAUGCGCACCUCGGCGAGUCGUUCCGUUCCUCCGCCACGUUCUUAUUCUGACAGCCGCCCACUAAGAUCCUCUGGCGCGACCCGUCGCAGGCCGUCAACUCUCCAACCGGAGGCAACACCCCAGCCAACGGAGGCUCCACGGACUCCACCUCUUUUGCGAAAGUCAAGCUAUGACCAUGAUGCGGAAGCGACGAAUUACGAUGAGGCGUACGCUGAUGAUAACGAGAGUAUCAUCAGUGGUAUUCUCACACGGGGCUCGACCGCGCCAGCUAAUGAUGGCCCGUUUGGUCCGGCCAUAUAAUGGCGAUGAAAGCGAAGUCGUUUCGCUUAUAUUAACUUUUUUCUGGGAUUUGCCCGGAAAACUGGUUUACCCUUUCUCCCAUGUCGUUAUUAAUUUUUUCCCCUCCUCCCCAUAACUAUUUCCCUAUUUUCUCGGUCUUUCUCAUAUCAUCGAUGCAUAGUGAUAACGAUUUUCACGCCAUUUAUUAUCUAUCACCGUUUAAUAAUAAUCUCUUUAGAAUUCCUGUAUAUUUAUCUCCCACUUUCGUUCUCUCCAUCUGACCUUCAGUCAAUCGUUAUCAUCUAUACAAGUCUUUCAUUCCAAAAUUUUUUUAAUCUCGUUUGCUUUCCUUGAUUUUUGACUUUUUUGGAACUUCCGGGAUAUCCUUUGCCCCCAGGCUGCAUUGAGUGGAUACAAUUUUUUGUUACUUUUGAUCGACAUUUGAGACACCCGUUUAUACCCCAUUCUUGAAUUCCUUUUUUUUUUUUUUUCCAAUUUGAUUUUUUAUAUCAGAAUGUUGCUAGUAUUUUCUCCGCUUUGACCAGAUUGAUAGCCAUACAUAUAUACAUAUACCCUUGC